GUGCCCCAUCAUUGGUAUCAGUGGCAGGAAUAGUGCCCCAUCAUUGGUAUCAGUGGCAGGAAUAGUGCCCCAUCAUUGGUAUCAGUGGCAGGAAUAGUGCCCCAUCAUUGGUAUCAGUGGCAGGAAUAGUGCUCCAUCAUUGGUAUCAGUGGCAGGAAUAGUGCCCCAUCAUUGUAUCAGUGGGAGGAAUAGUUCCCCAUCAUUGGUGUCAGUGGGAGGAAUAGUGCCCCAUCAUUGGUAUCAGUGGGAGGAAUAGUGCCCCAUCAUUAGUAUCAGUGGGGGGAAUAGUGCUCCAUCAUUGGUAUCAGUGGGGGGAAUAGUGCCCCAUCAUUGGUGUCAGUGGGAGGAAUGGUGCCCAACAUUGGUGUCAGUGGGGGGAAUGGUGUCCCCAUCAUUGGUGUCAGUGGGGGGUGGAAUAGUGCCCCAUCAUUGGUGUCAGUGGGGGGGGGGAAUAGUGCCCAUCAUUGGUGUCAGUGGGGGGGUGAUGUGCCCCAUCAUUGGUGUCAGUGGGGGGGGGGGAAUAGUGCCCCAUCGUUGGUGUCAGUGGGGGGGAGGAAUAGUGCCCCAUCGUUGGUGUCAGUGGGGGGG